CCUAAAGCGUCCGUAGUAUCACUGGCUGCUGAGAUGUACGAACUUCCGGUUUUCUUGGCCGCUGCCGCUGCCGCUGUUGCUGCCCCUACCACCUGCCACGGCUGGGCCUCAGUUCCCGAUUUGGUCACCUCUUCUUCGUUCUCCACUGCGCCCAUGGUUCCUCUUGGAGCCAGGGCGGCGAGCCUGGCGGCUCCCGCGUGGUGAGAGGACGGUCCGGGGACGAUGAAGGCCCCGCACUGCAACUGCUGCCUCAGUCCCCUCUUGAUCUCCGCUUUCCUGCUUCUGCUACUGCUGCCAGGUUUGGGAGGGCCUUUGGCUGUAAUGCUGCAGGCGGCCGAGGCCGCGCCGGACCCCGGGCCUCCGGACCGCGGGCCGCGGACCCUGUCGCCCGUGCCUCCGGGUCCCGCCGUUGCCCAGUCCACGGGCCGCGCUCCCGCAGAAGCUAAAGGGCCGCGGGGCUCUGAGGGCGGCAAUGGCAGCAGCCCCCGGGCAGGACUUGCGUCAGAAGACUCAGGAGGGAAGGCCGGGGAAGAAGACUCAUUGGGUGGCAGCCUUGCUGUGAGCCCCAACCCCGGCGACAAGCCAAUGACCCAGCGGGCCCUGACCGUGUUGAUGGUGGUGAGCGGCGCGGUGCUGGUGUACUUCGUCGUCAGGACGGUCAGGAUGAGAAGAAGAAACCGAAAGACUAGGAGAUACGGAGUUUUGGAUACUAACAUAGAAAACAUGGAGUUGACACCUUUAGAACAAGAUGAUGAGGAUGAUGAUAACACUUUGUUUGAUGCCAAUCAUCCUCGAAGAUCUAUUCUUGCUGACUGUUAAGAUGCUUCCUAAGAAGUUUGGAUAAGCAGAGUUAAACGGCUAUGGACUUAGUUUCAAAGCAGAUGGAAUGAAGAAAGGAGGUAGUAAAAAAAAUCCCUUCAAUAGGGAAAGACAUGUUGGAAUAGAGAGGAGAUUUUUUGGGCAAAAGAAAACUAGAGUCCAGAUUUAGUUACAAAUACCAUGAGUACAGAAAUCUUGGAUUUUUAUACAUGUAAGGAUGGGAGGAUCAGCUCUGGCAGGACAUAGGAAUGUGCAAGUUUUGUUUUUUGUUUUGUUUUUUUUUUUGUUUUUUUGAGGGAAAUGUGUAGUUUUAUAAUCUGCUAAAGAGUUUGGUAUCAACCUGCUGUCAAUGGGGAACCAUUGGUGUUGUAUGGAGUGUAUGUAAUCAGAUAAUCAGAUUCAUGUUGUAGAAGAGUAUGUCUUGUAGUAGUGGAGAAGGUGGCCUAGAAGAGCUGAAGGAUGGAGAGGGACAGAACCAAGGAAUAUAGGAGGCGUGUAAAGGAGGGAAUGGUUUCCAUGAGAUGUAAUUAGCUGUAGUUAUCUUUUAUUUUGUAUCCUGCCUUACCACAGACCUUUCUCUAAUACUUACACCACUCUUGUUGCCCACUUUUCAUGAAUUUUGUGUUCUAUUAGGGAGCUAGACAUUAGAGUUACAUAAACAGUAAAUACAGGGUGGUAUGAGAACUUGUACUAGGGACAUAGAACACUUAAGCAAAAACUAAUGGUUCAGAAAAGCCUCUUAGACGUGAUAUGUUAAUGGAUACUGAAAAAUGAGCAAAAAUUAGCAACAUUAAAGGUGGAUGUAGAGGUGGGAGCUGGAGAGAGAACAGCAGGCACACAACACAAGAGGCAAAAGAGAAUAUAGAGUAUUCAAGUAUCUAAAAGAAGUUAAAUAGAUGCUGGGGUGCCUGGGUGGCUCAGUCAGUUAAGCAUCCAACUCUUGAUUUCAGCUCAAUUGUGAGAUUGAGCCCCAUGUCAGGCUCCAUGUUGAGCGCUGAGCCUGCUUAAGAUCCUCUCUCCCUCUCUCCCUCUCCCUCUCUCUCUCUCUCUCUCUCUCUUCCUCUCUUCCCCCCUCCCAUCCCCCUCUGCCCUGAUUGUUCACUCCCUCUCUCUAAAAAAUAAAGUUUAAAAAGUAAUAAAAUAUAACUAAAAGAAGUUAAAUAGAUGCUAUGUUAAUCUAUGUGAGAAUAAAUGAAUGAGUGAAUAAUUUUUGAGCUUUGAAUGCAAAAGUAAGAGUGAUGAGCAAGGAAGAACAAAGAAUCAAAAGGCAGAUCAUGAUCCAUGACAAUCAGUGAGAAAUUAUUCUACAGGUUAUGAAAAGCCACUUAGAAAAUUUUAAGAUAGGAAACAUAAUCAAAGUUGUGUUUUGAAGAUUACAUAGAUUGGAGGAAAGUAAGAUAAGGAGUAAGGCAACCAGGAAGACCAGUUAGAUGGUGCAAGUACAUGGGGUGGCCAGUAGUAGAGUGAUAGCAAGAGAAAUGGAAAGGAGUUAAUUAUUCAAGAGCCUUUGAAAGGUAUUAGGAACCAGAUUUAGAAACUGUGUUUGGAGAGUUAAGGUGGGAGAAAUGGUUAUAAUAAUAGGAAAGCAUGUUUCAGGGGUAAUUCUAAUCAUCAGUGAUAAUCUUUUAUUUAUUUUUUUUAUUAUUAUUUUUUAAUGUUUUUAUUUUUACUUUUGAGACAGAGAGAGACAAAGCAUGAGCAGGGGAGGGGCAGAAAGAGGGGGAGACACAGAAUCUGAAGCAGGCUCCAGGCUCUGAGCUGUCAGCACAAAGCCCAAUGCGGGGCUUGAACUCAUGGAGUGUGAGAUCAUGACCUGAGCUGAAGUCGGAUACUUAACCGACUGAGCCACCCAGGCACCCCAGUGAUAAUCUUUUACUACUAUGUAUGACUCCACUUAUUUAAAAAAAGACGUAGAAAAAACUUUAAUGUAGAUAUGUUUGAUUAAAGUAGGGAGAACAGUAAAUAAACAGUGCUUACAUAUUCAUUCAUUCAUUCAUUCAUUUAUUGAUCCAAGAAAUGAAUGAUUGAGAAGCAAUUUACACAGCAACUGUUUAGUGACUGGCGCUGACCUGGGAUACAAUAGAGCAACAAAAACAGAACAGAAAAAGAAAAAAAAAAUUCUAACUUUGUGAAGGUUAACUUCUAGUGACGAAAGGUUGAGAUUGGGAGGUUGACAGUUCAUUUUCAUUUUUGUUUCUAUAUCUUUCUAUGUUGAUUUUUUUUUUCCUCAAGAACAUAUAUUUAUGCACUACUUUAGGAAAAAAAAACUUUUUGUUUGGGAAUAAUUUCAGAAAAGUCCUAAGAAUAAAAAUAGUACAAAGAAUAUCCUAUUAUUUUUUUUUCAAUGGUUUUUAAUGUUUAUUCUUGAGAGAAGGAGACAGAGCAAGAGCGGGGGAAGGGCAGAGAGAGAGGGAGGCGCAGAAUCUGAAGCAGGCUCCAGGCUCUGAGCUGUCAGCACAGAGCCAGACGCGGGGCUCGAACUCACAAACUGUGAGAUCAUGACCUGAGCUGAAGUCAGACGCUUAACUGACUGAGCCACCCAGGCAUCCCAGAAUAUCCUAUUAUUUUUAAAUCUAGAUUUACCUAUUGUUAACAUUUUACUUCAGAGACUCUUAACUAAUUGUAGAGAACAAACUGAGGGUUGCUGGAGGGAAGGUAGGCAGGGGAUAGGCUAAGUGAGUGAUGGGUAUUAAGGAGGGCACUUGCUGUGAUGAGCAUCGGGUGUUGUACCUAAGUGAUUAAUCACUAAUUUCCACUGCUGAAACCAAUAUUACAUUAUAUGUUAACUAACUAGAAUUUAAAUAAAAACAACAUAUUUUACUACAUUUCUUCUUUUGUGUUCUACCUCAUAGUGUAGCUACAGAAAAAUGCAUCUCCCUCAUUUUAUGUUUACCUAAUGUUCUGAUGUUUCCUUGUAAUUAGAUCCAGGUUAUACAUUCUUACCUGAAGUACUUUCUCAGGCUUUCAUAUCUGGAGACACACAAUGUCCUUCUUUCCUUCAUUAGCAGUAGUAAUUUUGAUGCACCUAUCUAAAGUUUUGCCCAGUUUCUCUAUUAUGUUACAAUUUUUUCCUCACUGCAACCAAGAAGAUAUUUUAAAAUCCUGAAAAUAUUCUUUCUUUUUUAAUUUUUUUUGCAUUUAUUUAUUUUUGAUAGGCAGAGAGAGACAGAGCACAAGUUGGGGAGGGGCAGAGAGAGAAGGAGACACAGAAUUCGAAGCAGGCUCCAGGCUCCGAGCUGUCAGCCCAGGGCCCAACGCGGCCCAAACUCACAAACCGCGAGAUCAUGACCUGAGCCGAAGUCGGACGCUCAACCGACUGAGCCACCCAGGCGCCCCAGAAAAUAUUCUUAUCAAAAUUUUCCCCUAGGUUUAGCAGUCAUUCGUCUUAAUUCUUGCCGGAUCUGAUCUUCACUGUGAUAGUUGCAAAGUAAUGAUUUUCCAACUUCAACAUUUCCUUCAUAUUUACCAAUUAGCAUUGAUACUAUAGUGUAAGCAAGAGCUUUUCCUCAUUCCUUCUGCAUUCAUUUAUCUAACUAUUGACAGUAUAGAAUCAUGAUUCUUCUCUUGUUUCAGUGGUGUAUAAUUCAUUGUUGUACUUGUCAGUGGGAGCCUCUUCAAGCUGGCUUCUGUGUCCUUGUGAUUUGCUCCCAUUGUUUUUAAAGCACUUCCUUACUUUCUGGCCUAAUAAGCUAUUCCACGCUCAUUUUGUAUCUAUCCUGCCGUAGUGAUGGAAUCAGCCAUUUCUCCAAAGAGCUUUGGUUUCUGUUAGUGGCCCCUAAAUGAGCUCUUUGUUACUAAAGUGUGUCCUUACUUCUUGGUCCUUUCAGCCAUUAGGGCUAUGAAAUGUGUGGGCACACACACGCAUGCCCAUAUAAACAUGCGUAUUCACAUAUAUACAUAAACUUUACAUAGUAUUACUUCAUACCUCCCAUUCUAUCAUGCUGGUCUGUCGGCACUGGGUUCUUUCUUGCCUUCUUCCUUUUCCAUAGCUGCAUUCUCUUUGUUCUGUCACGAGAAUGACUUCCAACAAUGUUCUGGAUCCCAACAACAUCAGCACAUUUACUCAGUUGCUUAUUCCUAAAAUAAUAUUAAUACAGUUUCAGAAUUGCUUUACCUAUGGCACUAUGAUAAACAAGCCAGCUAAGGUUUAGAGUUUGUUAGUUCUCUCUUUACAACCUCAUCUUGCCCAAGACAGAAUAUAUAGUUAGAUAUGUACGUGAUUUGGCUUGGUUCUCUUUUCCUUCCCUCUUUAGUGUGAUUAUCAUAAUCACUUGAAAUAUAAUUUAAGUCAUUUGAGUUUGCUUUUUGUUUCAGAUUGUUCCUCCCCUUCCCAUUUUCAUUGGAAUUUUUAAUAUGAAAAGUACUAACAUGCUUCCAAAAGUAAAAACUAUACACAUUUUUUUUUUGAAAAAUAUACACACACAUACACUCAGAAAUGGCAUUCCCUCUUAUAUUCUUUACAUGUCAUUUUCCCCACCUCACCCCUUUAGGUAAUCAGUUUCAUUAUUUUAUGGUUUAUCUACCCUGUGUUUUUUUUUUUAUAGAAGUUGGCAGAAAUAUGUAUUUCUUAUGCUUUCCUCUUUUUUACACAAAACGUAUAAUAUAUGUUAUUUUAUACCUUUUUGUUGCUUUGUGAUAUCUCCUGUGAGUCAUGCUUUAUAAGUUCAUAAAGAUAUUUUUCAUUUUUAACACCUUCAUAGUACCCCAUGGUGUGUAGAUACCAUGGUUUAUUCAAUCCAUUGCCUAUGCUUUGACAUUUAGAUAGUUUUAAUUACUUUGCAAUUACAAGUUAUACUACGAUGAAUAACCUUGUGCAUGUGCAUUUUCAGAGUAAAUUUCUAGUACUGAGAUUAUGGGUCAAAGAGUGUGAAAAUCAGUUUUAACCAUGAAAAUAUAAGACAUCCCAGUGGACAUAGCAAAUUUCAUGAAUUUAUUUUUUCAUUAAGAGCAGUGAUAAACUGCCUGUCAUUUGUCCCCAAAUACUCUACUAAGAUAUAUGGUGGUGAACAAAAUUAGACAAAAAAAAAAAAAAAAAAAAAGGCAUCUUUAUAUAGUUAACAAUGUAGUAGGCCAGGAAUACAGAACAAAGAAAUCUUGACUAGACUUGAGAUUCCCCUAAUUGGUUUUUUUUUGGUAAAUUUUUAAUGUUUAUUUGUAUUUUUUGAGAGAGAAACAGAGUGUGAAUGGGGAGAGGGGCAGAGAGAGGGAGGCACAGAAUCAGAAGCAGGCUCCAGGUACUGAGCUGUCAGCACAGAGCCCGAUGUGGGGCUCGAACUCACAAACCACGAGAUCAUGACCUGAGCCGAAGUCGGAGGCUUAACCCACUGAGCCACCCAGGCCCCCCCACCCUUUUUUUUUAA